AUGGCCGCUCCUACAUCCACUGCUAUAAACAUGAAUAAUCCGAUGCAGGGAGCUUCUUAUACAGCAGGCUUACCGCGGCCGCCUACGCUUGGGAUCAGCGACGAGUUAUGGGCACCGCGGCCGGACGAAAUGAAGACCCGGUGCUACAAUGACUUGGGUAUCUAUCCGUUUCCUAUUGUUACAACCGAAACAAUACAAAACGUGGUCACCCCAUCGAACCAGGACAUUGUCAACCGGCUCACUCAGAUGUCGGAGCGUUUUGACGCACGCGUGAGCGCUCUUGAAGCUGGUCGGGUGGUGCCGGCGAGUGGAGGAGCCGAGGAGGUGGGUCCUCAGCGAGGGAACAGCGGCCAGGGUGCGCGAGGGAAACAAGAUGAGCGAGGGGGUCGUCGUGGACGUGGGUGUGGACACAGACGCAGACGUGGUCAGGGAGCGCCGACCACACUGGACCACAUGGAGCUGAGAGUGGGUCAGUACGAUGAGGACGCGGAGGAUAUAUGUGGCAAACCCAAGGCCAUGAAGGAGCCGGCGACUCGAGUCGCUCGCAAAGACCUGAUAGUGAGCAUGAUUAUCAGCAUUUAA